AUGCUCGAUUCCACCAUGUCCGAACCUCUAUCCAUAGCCAUCGAUCCCGUGGCCCUGGUGACCACAGAAUGCAUCACCGUCACCUCGUCUAUGCGGAAGCAUGCCCGAUGGGCGCACUCCUCCGUCUCCGCCAUCCUGGGCGGCAAUGGAGCGUCUCGUGUCUAUGAGCGGGAUACUUCUGCACCCUCCAGCCCGCGCAAGAGCAGCCAAUCACCCCGGGUCGAUGAUGACCAUGCUCUGGCAAAUCGAUGGGGCCUACGUGGGAAAAAGGGAAAGAGCAUGCAGGACAACCCGUUGAUAUCGGCCUUCACGCGCCUGCGGAAUGACCUCAAGGGCUGUAAAGACAUUCGCACUUUUGAUACCCCAGCCCUCCUUCAUCCGUUCCUCCAGGUUAUUCGCUCCUCUUCGACUUCCGCCGUCAUUACUUCUCUCGCCUUGGUCGCCAUCACCAAGUUCUUCUCCUAUAACAUCAUAAAUCGAGACUCGCCUCGACUACCAAUGGCGAUGCAGCUCCUCUCCGCCGCAAUUACACACUGUCGAUUUGAGGCGAGUGACUCUUCGGCGGACGAGAUCGUGCUGCUCAGGAUUCUGAAGUUAAUGGAGAGCAUGCUCUCUCGGCCAGAGGGAGAACUGCUGGGUGACGAAAGUGUCUGUGAGAUGAUGGAAACGGGAUUGAGCAUGUGCUGUCAAGGCCGCUUAUCAGAGGUGCUCCGCAGAUCUGCCGAGAUGGCCAUGGUCAACAUGUGUCAGGUCAUUUUCAUGCGUCUGUCGCACCUAGAUCAAGCGGUCACACCAGGACCAGCUUCAUUUGCGGAUGAGAAUGUCAAACACGAGAUAAAAAAGUUGAAAAUGGAUCCCUCUGUCAAUGGCGAUACUGUGACAUCGCAACACCAGUCCGCCAUGGGAUCAGACACAGCCGCCGCUGAACGUGGCAGCACCAGUCGGGAAGGGUCUCCCGAAAACUUAGGUAGUACAGCCGCUGCUGCUGCACCUCCGAACCCGGAAGAUGACACUGAGACCGAGGUCAAGCCGUAUUCUUUACCGUCUAUCCGAGAAUUGUUUCGCGUGCUGAUUGAUCUUUUGGAUCCUCACAAUCGACAACACACAGAUACCAUGCGCGUCAUGGCCCUUAGAAUCAUUGAUGUUGCCCUGGAAGUGGCUGGUCCAUCUAUCGCUCGGCACCCUAGCUUGGCUGCUCUGGCCAGAGAUGACCUUUGCCGGUAUCUUUUCCAGUUGGUCCGUUCAGAGCAAUUAGCCAUUCUCACCGCAUCUCUCAGAGUCGCGGGUACCUUGCUUUCGACGUGUCGGCCUGUGCUGAAGCUUCAACAAGAACUUUAUCUCUCAUACCUGGUGGCAUGUCUUCACCCCCGCGUCGAGAUUCCCCGUGAGGCUGGUAUCGACCCAUCGCUUUACGAGGGUGUUCCCCAUGCACCUAAGCUCGUGAAACAACCAUCAUCGCAGAGUAACAGUGGCAGAUCUACCCCAGUCCCCGUGAAAGAUCGACAAAAGCUAGGCCUCGAGGGCGGCUCACGAAAGCCCGAAGCCCGGGAAGCAAUGGUUGAGAGCAUAGGUGUCCUAUCGCGCAUACCUAGCUUUAUGACCGAGCUGUUUGUUAACUACGACUGUGAGGUGGACCGAGGAGAUCUGUGUGAGGAUAUGAUCGGAUUGCUCUCUCGGAACGCUUUCCCAGACUCUGCGACAUGGAGCACUACAAACGUUCCUCCACUAUGCUUGGACGCUCUGCUAGGCUACGUGCAGUUCAUAUAUGAUCGACUAGAUGAUGAGCCUGUGCAAGGAGACUACCCUCCCCAAGACCUCCUUCGCAGCCAACGAAAAACCAAAAAGCUCAUAAUCAAAGGAGCACAGCUGUUUAACGAGAGCCCUAAGCGCGGUAUUGCCUAUCUCGCGGAGCAUGGCAUCAUUGAGGACCCCAAAAACCCGGUGCAGGUUGCCCGAUUCUUGAAAGGGUCGGCGCGCUUAUCAAAGAAGGUGCUAGGUGAAUUUAUCUCCAAACGUGAUAAUGAGGAGUUGUUGGGCGCAUUUGUGGAUCUCCUAGACUUUUCAGGAAGGGAUGUGGUCGAAGCUCUACGAGAGCUGCUGAGUUCAUUCCGCCUGCCUGGCGAAUCAGCGCUUAUUGAACGAAUUGUGACGACCUUCUCUGAGCAUUAUACGGAGAAGGCGAAGCCUGACAAAAUUGCCAAUUGCGACGCACUCUACGUAUUGACCUAUGCCAUAAUCAUGCUGAAUACGGAUCUUUUCAAUCCUAACGUAAAGCCACAAAACCGCAUGUCAUUCCCUGCCUUCGCGAGAAAUUUGCGAGGGGUUAAUGGAGGCGGUGACUUUACCGAAGAAUUCCUCCAGGAUGUUUAUGACUCUAUUGCAGCGAAUGAGAUCAUUUUACCCGAAGAGCAUGACAAUAAAUCAGGUUUUGACUAUGCCUGGAAAGAGAUGCUUCUCAAAUCAUCCGGAGCUGGCGAGAUGAUUGUGGGCGAGACCAACCUCUAUGAUGCCGAGAUGUUCGAAGCUACCUGGAAGCCUGUGGUGGCAACUCUAUCCUAUGUCUUCAUGUCUGCUUCAGACGACGCAGUUUACUCCCGCGUGGUCAAUGGCUUCGACCAGUGUGCCCAGAUUGCUGCUCGUUACGGCUUGACCGAGGCAUUUGAUCGGAUCAUCUCAUCCCUUUCUUCUAUCAGUACCUUAGCGACGGCCAAGCCUCCAAGCACCGCGCUUAACACUGAGGUACAGGUAGGUAAGAAGAGUGUCAUGGUGAGCGAGCUUGCUGUGAAGUUUGGGAGGGAUUUCCGAGCACAGCUUGCUACUGUGGUGCUAUUCAAAGUUCUCGCUGGCAACGAGUCCACGCCCCAGCAAGGCUGGGAGCAUAUUGUUCGCAUCCUCAGUAAUUUGUUUAUCAACUCAUUGAUUCCGCCACUGGAUUCCAAGAUUACGGCCGAGCUUGAUAUCUCUCCAAUUCCGCUGCAACCUCCGUCCCAAGUUAUCGACCUUAUGCCGCCGAUGACCCCCCCGGAGCCGUCCGACGAAGAGCUGGACAACACGCUGUGCACGGUCGACUGCGUGACCGCGUGCGCGAUACCUGACAUCUUGAAUAAUAUCAAGUCGCUUCCUCUUUCAUCUCUCUCGAUGCUGGUUGAAGCUCUAUUGUCUCAGCUUCCCGAAGAGAACGCCCCGGCGGUCAUUGUGGUCAAGCCCGAGCGGCCAAGCCCUGUUUCGAGAUUCCCCAAUGCUCGCAUCGAUCCCAACCAACCUAAAUAUGAUCCCUCUAUGGUAUUUGAUCUGGAGUUGGCAACUGUUCUCACUCUCCGAGAUGAGAAGACUCUGAGUGCACUUGGUGAGAGGCUAGCUACGACUCUCCAGACCAUGGUGCGCGAUGCGAAGAACUUGCAUCCGCUGGGCCUCUCUCGCAUCGUUUCAUAUCUGCUCAGCCUUCUGCGACGCAGCCAUGACCAAGAUUUUAUGAGAGUACCCGUCGUGCUACAUACCAUCUCGGGUUACGACCAAGAUAUCCUGGAGACAGUUGCUGUACCGAUAGUGAAGGGUCUUGCUCGUUGUGUUAGUUACACACGUCGCCUUGGGAACGAGAUCACCAUUUCUCCGGACUUCUGGUCAAUUCUGCAGAGGCUGCACCAGCACGAAGAGGCCGCACCCAUGGUGUUUGAUUUGCUUCAAAGCAUCGCCGAAUCUAUGCCUGACAUUGUAACGCCCGACAACUACGAAUCUGCUGUGAACCUUGCGAACGACUUCGUCAGUGCUGGACACGUCGGGUCAAUUAACGAACGUCAGAGAGAUGUCCAGGCUCGCCGGACUAAGGGUGUUAAGCAGCCGAAACCUAUAGAAAACCCCAUCGUCGUGCGCGGAAUCAAGGCUAUCGGAUUAAUCUAUAAUUUGACUGGAAGGGUCCCCGCAUUGAUCAAGCAGUCUCAUCUUGAGGAACGGGAAGCAUGGGCUGCCUACUGGUCCCCCAUUUUCCAAUCCUUGACCAGCCAGUGUGUCAACCCCUGCCGCGACAUCCGCCACCACGCAAUCUCCACCUUGCAGCGAGCUCUCCUCUCAGCCGAUCUUGUCUCUAGUGACGACAAGGAGUGGUCCGCUAUAUUUGAUGAAGUUCUCUUCCCUCUCGUUCUUCGUCUUCUGAAGCCAGAGGUCUACCAUUCGGACCCUCACGGCAUGGGUGAAACGCGAGUUCAGGCCGCGACAUUAGUCUGUAAGAUCUUCCUGCGGUUCUUGGACCAGCUUCCCAACCGCGAGGGUAUGCUCCCUCUCUGGCUCAGGAUCCUGGACAUCCUUGAUCGCAUGAUGAACAGUGGCCAGACCGACAGCUUGGAAGAGGCGAUCCCUGAGAGUCUGAAGAAUAUUCUUCUGGUCAUGGCCGACGGCGGCUACCUUGUGCCUCCGUCGCAGGAUCCCAACAAAGAAGAAAUGUGGAACGAGACUCGCAAACGUCUUGGCCGAUUCCUGCCAGAUCUCUUUGCCGAGAUUUUCCCCGAGUCUGGCAAGGACGCAGAGAAAUCCCAGCCGGCUUCUCUUGUCAACUCUCCUGUCCAGCUUGCUAGCGAUGCGGACAAGAAAAGCGAAGAGACUGAAGCCCCAUCUGACGAUAUCGUGGAGGAGAAAGAUACCAGCAAUUCUGAUGGUCAAGCAGCCUCCCAGGUUGAUGCCACUUCGUAG